CCUAUAAAUAAACCCCAAACUCACAGCCCAGAGUUUUCAAGCUCUAAGCCUCCAACGCAGGAGGAGCAAUCUAUAGUUCCUAAGUUUUCUCCUUCUCCUCAGUUCUCCCUUUCUAGAAUCUUCCAUUUUUCAACCUUCCACACAACUAACUCACUGAGUUGAGAGCGAGAACGAGUCAUGGAAUCCAAACCCGGUCAAACAAUCAAGCUCCUCUGCAGCUACGGCGGCAAGAUACUCCCACGCGCCACCGACGGCGAGCUCCGUUACGUCGGCGGCCACACCAGAGUCCUCACCGUCCACCGUUCCGUUACCUUUUCUGAAUUGAUAGUGAAGCUCGGCGAGUUUUGUGGUUCGUCUGUGAUCUUGAGGUGUCAGUUACCCGAGGGAGACUUGGAGACCUUGAUCUCCGUCACCAACGACGAAGAUCUCGCCAACGUCAUCGAAGAAUACGAUCGCGCCUCGUCCAAGCUCGCGCAUCCGUUGAAGAUCCGCGCCGUUCUCUCGCCGCCGAAGUCGGUGAAGAAGGCUUCUCCUGCGCCGUCGUCGGCGUCGUCCAGCGCGAGUCACUCUCCGGCCAGAUCGCCUCACACCUCUGCCGAAUCGCUGCCGUACACGGUGGCGUACCGCAUCGGCAGGGGCAAACCGUCGCCGCCGGCGCCGGUAGCGUAUACUUUCCGGAACGGUUUCACAAAGGCUCGUUGCUACACGCAGUAUGAUGGAAGCCCUAGGUUUCUGUGUCGUGGACCACACUGCAAUAAUUACUGUCACUGAGCCGAAUCAGAAUCAAUUUAUUCACAGUAAAUAGAAAAUUUCAAGAGAAAUCGCGAAUACAAGUUAAAGUUGAUUCCAAUAUUUGAUAUAUAUAAUGGCGAAAAACACCAAGGACAAAAAAAAAAAAACCAAA